UACAUGUAUACCACUAUUAGUCAUCGGGCGUUGACAUGGAGCUAUUGGGACGUUCAAAACCGAUAGGGCGAGGGGUUGUAUUCAGGGGGUGGGACUUGCCCAUGAAGAUACCCACACCUUGAAUUUUAACAAGGGGUAUUCUUUCCGGUGAAAGGAUAAAAGUGCUUGUGGUUAUCCGCGGCAAUACACUCAGUCAGUAUCGCUGUUAUAUAAUACGUCUGGUCAAGGUAUCGGUCCCUCCUUCCAUCACUCUCGUGUAAGGUUGGUGUAGCACACAGCUCUUCUGAAUUACAUGCAUAAGGUGGGAUCGGCUUCACAGUUUUAUUUUUUUGCCACCCUGUCGCAUAAGGUGAAAACCAGUCGGGCAAAUCAGACGAAAGUAAGCUACUGGCGACAUGGUGGGACAAGCAAGGCUUUGGGUUGUUUUAAUUAUUUGGAUGGUAUCUGGCAUGGUAAGCAGUCAUGAAGACGUCUGCCACAUUCCAAAUGGAUGUUCUCCCUUGGCUGGACUUAAUAAAGAUGCUGUGCGCUUUAACUUCACCUCUCUGACGUCCAUGGCAUCUUGGGAAACCUCAUCACUACAGAUUGCGGAUCACUGGCAUCAAUUUUCUAAAAUGGACUGCGCAGCAAUGCUAAGCCUGGAGAUGUUUGUUGUGACGGAAUUUGUAAACACCAGUAUUUCCUUAUGCAGCUCAUUGACCGGGUCAGGCAUUGCUUGCUACGAGAGCGGGCAAUCCAGUCACCGUCCGUCUGUUAUGGGGGAAAUCUCAAAGUUUGGAAGUUGUGAUGUGGGAUGGAGCUCUCCACAAACUUGGAAUAACUAUACCGCUAUAAUACUUAGUUUGCCCUUUUUGACGUAUCCUAAAGCAGACAGUACUACGUACGAGUGCCACUGGGAUCCCGCUGCAACCAGGAUCAACAUACUGAAUUUUACGCUGGCAAAAAUUGGUUGUCCUCUGAGCUACUGGGGAGCAAACUGUUCCAUAAAAUGCCCAUCAUGUGAAAAUUGUCACACAUUUACAGGGGCGUGUUUGCCUGAGCCUGAUUAUCCGCAGGGUCAUCAGUUCCAUGCUAAUAGAGAUGCAUCGUCUCUAGUUGCCCUGCGGAAAAAACACUGUCAGUUACCCCAUCAUCAACCUAUAUACCACGAAAUGACGCGACCCUGCCCCCUUUAACCACUACGCCAAAUACGACAUCACCUGUAGAGAUCACUACUGAGUCCGACCCAUCAACUAAUUCAACAAUCACAGAACCUGGCAAUUCAACGGCAAGUCACCAGAGCUGGUGGUUCACGAGUUCACUGAUGGUGGUCCUAGUUUUCUCGGCCUUGUGAAAUCCGUCUGCGUGAUUGACGGUAUUUUCGCUAUUCUUGAACUAGUGAAAUACGCCAUCAACUUCACUUAUGAUUCUCAUGUGUAAGGAAAUACAUCCCCAUGGCAUGCACGAUGUCAACUUCACUGAUAGUUUUUCCUGUGAUCUUUGUCCAAGUGAAAUACAUCCCCGCGGCAUGCAUGGUGGUAACUUCACUGAUGGCUUCCCUUCGUGUUCUUGGACAAGUGAAAGACAUCUACAUGGUUCGGUGUCAAAUUCACUCUUGGUUUUUCCUUGAUGUUUUUGGACCAGUAAAAUGCGUGCCCAUGGCUCGGUCUCAACUUCAUUGACGUUUUUUUCUAGUAAAUUACAAUCAUCAUCAGGAAAAAAAUGGAAUAGAUAUAAUUUCCUACAAUGAUGAGUCCUGACCAGCGAAGUGAGAUAUUGGCUCCAGUGAGACUCAAACUCAUGACUACCAGCUGAGCUAUCAGCCAAAUUGGAACGGCUCUCUUAACGGAGUUCAAAUAAAGGAAGUGAAUAAUAUUUCACAAAAAGCAAAUAACAUUUACAGUACAAUGUACUAAGAGACGACUCUUUGUUCGAAAGCAAAUCGCAAUGAUCAUCAAAGAAUGCAUGGUUUUAAUUUCCUACACUGAUGAAGUCCCGUGAAGUAUAAUGGCUCUAGGGAGACUCGAACUCACGACUUGGGGUGUCUAGCGCCCCAUGCACCUGUCCACUGAAUGAGCUAUCCACAUGGGAACGGCUCCCUUGUUGGAGCCCAUUUUUACGGAGUGAAUGGCUUUUCACGAACUCUCACAACAUUUACAAAACAAUUUGUAUGUGUAACAACUCAGUGUUUUAAAGGAAAUUAUUAAAGGAAACUGACCGCAUCGAAAAUUUUGCACACAUCUUUUCACGUUCUUGGACAAGUGACAUACGUUCUCCAUGUCACAGUGCCAACUUCACUGAUGGAUUUUCUUGAUACUCUUGGACAGCUGUAGUCUGUCCCAGUGACACAAUGAUUUCACUUUCUUUGUGAUCUUGGCCAAGUGAAAUCCAUCACCGCGACACACCCUAUUGCCAGCGAACGUUGGAGAACGGCCAGCCGCCUAACUGAAGAAAGUGAACAUUGUUUUCAGUGAAAAAUCUUUCCGUUUAAAAAAAGAACAUGUGUGGAAAAUUUUCUAUGCGGUCAUGGCUGUACAUUUUUUGUUUUUUGCCCCAUCUAACUCGUGGAAUAAUUGGAUUGAAACCAAUGAGAUGUACACCAUCUAAAGGGUCAUUGGCAAAUUCAUUGGGAUUCUUAACAUUGUUUGUUAAUAAUGUACAGAAAGAAAGUAUAAUCCUCUAAGGUGAAAAAACAAGAGGUGAUUUUAAUUUUGGGAAGAGCGGCCGAGUCCACCAUGACGAUGGAGUGACGUGAUUUGAAUGGCCGCAGGCGAAGUCCUGGUGCCGCCCGAGUUACAUUUGUGGUAUUACGAUGUCAUGGUCUUUAUUAUUCCUGCAUACUGAGGUGAUGUGAAUUCAGAAUUAUUUUAAGAUCAUAGGUGACUUUGAGAACAGCGCAGGCGACAGGACCGAGUUCUAGGUCAGUGAAAGUAACAAAUGAGAGGGGUUCAUAUGGAAAUCUGAGCUUGGAACAUGACCAUCUGAUCUCAGGUCUAACCCUGACCCCAUGGCUUAAGCAGAAUUAAGCAAAAGAUUCAGCGAUUUAUUUACUAGUCUAGUUAUAGUUGAUUGUCUUAGUCACGAAUACUUGCCAUGGGAUAUGAAACCAGCCUGAGUAUAAGUAGCAUAUAACUCAACGUUUUGUUUUGAAUAUUUCUAAACAGUCUAAUAAAUUGUAAUUGAUUUUACUGCAAUUCCUUUUUACCUACUGUUGUUUAUUCCGUGGUGCUAGGAGGUGUGUAAGUCGCUACUGUUUAGAAGCAUUUACAUGAACAGUUUGAAUAAAACCCUAACUGAUGUAAAUUUACAAGGCGUCGGAUUUUCACCGGUUAUUGCUGCGCUGGUUUUAUCCUGUCUGUUGUAUUUGUUUUGUUAUGUAUUCCUGUAUAAAGCAGCAUUUUACUGCACUCCAUUUACCUAUUUUGCCGUCAGCCACGGUGCUAGUGGGUGUAUCAGUACCAGUUGCAACUUUUUCAGCAUUUACAAGCAAGGUUAGAAAAAAUAGCGAAGGUAAUCUGACAAGAGGCCGGAUUUUAUCGGUUACGUCUGAUCAUUUGCCAACUUUCACAUUGUCGUCACUGUUGUGGUUUUCCUCUCUAUGCUGUUAUUAUUUUAUAUUUUAAAUCCAGAGAGAAGAAAUUUUUCCAUGUGUACAUUCAAUGAUAGACCUGUGUAGAGUUGUUUUGAAGAUUUUCACCUCGAGACAAACUGAUGUUGUCUAUCGCACUAUUAAACUUA